CCGCGCCAGCUGCGCUGUCCAGGGGAGGGAAGGGAGUUCUAGGCGCGAGCCGGGACCUGCAGCCACAACUUCUCGCCGGUCCUCUCCUUCCCCUCUGUCCCCCUACCCGUCCCCUUCUCCAUCCUCUGGCCCCUACCUUCUUUAAGGCGUCAGUCCCCCAGGACGCACUGGGAAGGAGUCCUCCCGCAGGUUUCGAAGAGAACUAGGUGGCAACUUGCCUCCUGGUGAGGGCGUCCCUGCCCGCACCGCCUCAAGAUGUUCAGGGGUCCGGGGCUCGGGCUCCAGCUGCUGCUGGUCGUCUUGUCCCUGGGGACAGAGGUGUCCGCCUGGAGGGGCAAGAGACAGGCUCAGCAAAUCAUUCAGCCCCAGUCCCCGGUGCCUGUCAGCCAAAACAAGCCUGGUUGUUUUGACAAUGGGAAUCACUAUCAGAUAAACCAACAAUGGGAACGCACAUACCUGGGCAAUACCUUGGUUUGUACCUGUUAUGGAGGGAGCCGAGGCUUUAACUGCGAGAGUAAACCUGAACCCGAAGAGACUUGCUUUGACAAGUACACUGGGAACACUUACCGGGUAGGGGACACUUACGAGCGCCCUAAGGACUCCAUGAUCUGGGACUGUACCUGCAUCGGGGCUGGGCGAAGAAGAAUAAGCUGUACCAUUGCAAACCGCUGCCAUGAAGGGGGUCAGUCCUACAAGAUCGGCGACACCUGGAGGAGGCCACAUGAGACUGGUGGUUACAUGCUAGAGUGUGUGUGUCUUGGUAACGGGAAAGGAGAAUGGACCUGCAAGCCCAUAGCUGAGAAGUGCUUUGACCAUGCUGCUGGGAUCUCCUAUGUUGUCGGGGAAACCUGGGAAAAGCCCUACCAAGGCUGGAUGAUGGUGGACUGCACUUGUCUGGGAGAAGGCAGUGGGCGCAUCACCUGUACCUCUAGAAACAGAUGCAACGACCAGGACACGAGGACGUCCUACAGGAUCGGAGACACCUGGAGCAAGAAGGACAAUCGGGGGAACCAGCUGCAGUGCAUCUGCACGGGCAACGGCAGAGGGGAAUGGAAGUGUGAACGGCACGCGUCCGUGCAGACCACCUCCACCAGAUCUGGCACUGUCACAGGUGUUCAAACGGCCGUUUUCCAGCCUCAGACUAACUCCCAGUCUGUUCCAUACGGUCACUGCAUCACAGACAGUGGUGUGAUUUACUCGGUGGGGAUGCAGUGGCUGAAGACACAAGGCAAUAAACAGAUGCUUUGCACUUGCCUGGGCAAUGGAGUCAGCUGCCAAGAGACAGCUGUAAUGCAAACUUACGGUGGCAAUUCGAACGGGGAGCCAUGUGUCUUGCCAUUCACCUACAACGGCAGGACUUUCUACUCCUGCACCAGCGAAGGGCGACAGGAUGGCCAUCUCUGGUGCAGCACGACGUCCAAUUAUGAACAAGACCAGAAAUAUUCUUUCUGUACAGACCAUACUGUGUUGAUUCAAACUCGAGGUGGAAAUUCCAAUGGCGCCUUGUGCCACUUCCCCUUCCUAUUCAACAACCACAACUACACUGACUGUACUUCUGAGGGCAGGAGAGACAACAUGAAAUGGUGCGGAACCACGCAGAACUAUGACGCCGACCAGAAGUUUGGGUUCUGCCCCAUGGCUGCCCAUGAAGAAAUCUGUACAACCAAAGAAGGGGUCAUGUAUCGCAUUGGAGACCAGUGGGAUAAACAGCAUGACAUGGGCCACAUGAUGAGGUGCACAUGUGUGGGGAAUGGCCGUGGGGAAUGGACCUGUGUCGCCUACUCCCGGCUCCGAGAUCAGUGCAUUGUCGAUGACAUUACUUACAAUGUGAACGACACAUUUCACAAGCGCCAUGAAGAGGGACACAUGCUGAAUUGUACCUGCUUCGGCCAGGGCCGGGGUAGAUGGAAGUGCGAUCCCAUUGACCAAUGCCAAGAUUCAGAGACUCGAACGUUUUAUCAAAUUGGAGACUCCUGGGAGAAGUACGUGCAUGGCGUCAGGUACCAGUGCUACUGCUAUGGCCGUGGCAUUGGGGAGUGGCACUGCCAGCCCUUACAGACCUAUCCAGGCACCUCCGGUCCCGUCCAAGUCUUCAUCACGGAGACCCCCGGCCACCCCAACUCUCACCCCAUCCAGUGGAACGCACCAGAGCCCUCCCACAUUACCAAGUACAUCCUCAGGUGGAAGCCUAAAAACUCGCCCAAUUGGAAGGAAGCCACCAUUCCAGGCCACUUAAACUCAUAUACCAUUAAGGGCCUGAGGCCAAAUGUGGUGUAUGAGGGGCAGCUCAUAAGUGUCCAGCAGUAUGGCCACAAAGAGGUGACCCGCUUCGACUUCACCACCACCAGCACGAACCCAGCAGUGAGCAGCAACACAGUAAUGGGAGAGACAACACCCUAUUCUCCUGUGGUGGCCACUUCUGAAUCUGUGACUGAGAUCACGGCCAGUAGCUUUGUGGUCUCCUGGGUCUCCGCCUCGGACACGGUGUCAGGAUUCCGUGUGGAGUAUGAGCUGAGCGAAGAAGGGGAUGAGCCUCAGUACCUCGAUCUUCCAAGCACAGCCACUUCUGUGAACAUUCCUGACCUGCUGCCUGGCCGAAAAUACAUCGUAAAUGUCUACCAGAUAUCUGAAGAAGGGGAGCGGAGCCUGAUCCUGUCCACUUCUCAGACAACAGCACCCGAUGCCCCUCCUAAUCCUACUGUGGGCCAAGUUGAUGACACCUCAAUAGUUGUCCACUGGAGCCGACCCCAGGCCCCCAUCACAGGAUACAGAAUUGUGUACUCACCAUCAGUCGAAGGGAGUAGCACAGAGCUCAACCUUCCCGAAACUGCCAACUCUGUCACCCUCAGCGACCUGCAACCCGGUGUUCAGUAUAACAUCACUAUCUACGCAGUGGAAGAGAACCAAGAAAGCACUCCUGUUUUCAUCCAGCAGGAAACCACCGGUGUCCCUCGUCCAGAUAAAGUCCCCCCUCCCCGGGACCUGCAGUUUGUGGAAGUGACAGAUGUGAAGAUCACCAUCAUGUGGACAGCCCCGGAGAGUGCCGUGACCGGUUACCGCGUGGACGUGAUCCCUGUCAACCUGCCCGGAGAGCACGGGCAGCGGCUGCCCAUCAGCAGGAACAACUUUGCGGAAGUCUUGGGGCUGUCCCCGGGGGUCACUUACCACUUCAAGGUCUUUGCCGUGAACCAGGGGAGGGAGAGCAGACCUCUAGUAGGAGAACAGACCACCAAAUUGGAUGCUCCCACAAACCUCCAGUUUAUGAAUGAAACGGACUCAAGUGUGAUAGUGACCUGGACUCCGCCUCGAGCCCGGAUCGCUGGGUACCGGCUGACCGUGGGCCUGACCCGGGGAGGCCAGCCCAAGCAGUACAACGUGGGGCCCUCUGCCUCACAGUACCCGCUGAGGAAUCUGCAGCCGGGGUCCGAGUACACUGCCACCCUGGUGGCUGUGAAAGGCAACCAGCAGAGCCCCAGGGCCACUGGAGUCUUCACCACUCAGCAGCCCGGGGGCUCCAUUCCUCCUUACAACACGGAGGUGACGGAGACCACCAUUGUGAUUACAUGGACGCCUGCUCCGAGGAUCGGUUUUAAGCUGGGUGUACGACCAAGCCAGGGAGGGGAAGCCCCACGAGAAGUGACUUCAGACUCGGGAAGCAUUGUUGUGUCUGGCCUGACUCCGGGCGUGGAGUACGUGUAUACCAUCUCCGUCCUCAGAGAUGGGAAGGAGAGAGGCACACCCAUUGUCAACAAAGUGGUGACACCCGUGUCUCCACCAACCAACUUGCACCUGGAUGCAAACCCCGACACCGGCGUGCUGACGGUCUCAUGGGAAAGGAGCUCCACUCCAGACAUUACUGGGUAUAGAAUUACCACCACCCCGACAAAUGACCAGCAGGGAUAUUCUUUCGAAGAAACGGUCCAUGCAGAUCAGAGUUCCUGCACUUUUGAAAACCUGAAUCCUGGCCUGGAGUACAACGUCAGUGUUUAUACUGUCAAAGAUAACAAGGAAAGUGUCCCUAUCUCUGAUACCAUCAUCCCAGCUGUGCCUGCCCCCACGGACCUGCGAUUCACCAACGUUGGUCCAGACACCAUUCGUGUCACCUGGGCCCCACCUCCGUCCAUCGAGUUGACCAGCAUCCUGGUGCGCUACUCGCCUGUGAAAAAUGAGGAAGAUGUUGCGGAGUUGUCGAUUUCUCCGUCAGACAAUGCAGUGGUCUUAACAAAUCUCCUGCCCGGCACAGAAUACGUAGUCAGCGUCUCUAGUGUUUACGAGCAGCACGAGAGCACGCCUCUCAGAGGAAGACAGAAAACAGGUCUUGAUUCUCCAACUGGCAUUGACUUUUCUGAUAUCACUGCCAACUCUUUCACUGUCCAUUGGAUUGCUCCUCGAGCCACCAUCACUGGCUACAGGAUUCGCCAUCAUCCUGAACACGCAGGUGGACGACCUCGAGAAGAUCGAGUGCCCCCCACUCGGAAUUCCAUCACCCUCAGCAACCUCAACCCGGGCACGGAAUAUGUGGUCAGCAUUGUUGCCCUUAAUGGCAGAGAGGAAAGUCCCCCAUUGGUUGGCCAGCAAUCAACAGUUUCUGAUGUUCCGAGGGACCUGGAAGUUGUUGCCACGACCCCCACCAGCAUGCUGAUCAGCUGGGAAGCCCCUGCUGUCACCGUGAGAUACUACAGGAUCACCUAUGGAGAAACAGGAGGAAACAGCCCCAUGCAGGAGUUCACUGUGCCUGGGAGCAAGUCUACGGCUACAAUCAGUGGCCUUAAACCUGGAGUGGACUACACCAUCACCGUUUACGCUGUCACUGGCCGAGGGGACAGCCCAGCGAGCAGCAAGCCCAUUUCCAUUGAUUACCGAACAGAAAUUGACAAACCGUCCCAGAUGCAAGUGACUGAUGUUCAGGACAACAGCAUCAGUGUCAGGUGGCUGCCUCCGAGUUCCCCUGUCACUGGUUACAGAGUGACCACCGCUCCCAAAAAUGGCUUGGGACCAACAAAAACUAAAACUGCAGGUCCAGAUCAAACAGAAAUGACCAUCGAAGGCUUGCAGCCCACAAUGGAGUAUGUGGUUAGUGUCUAUGCUCAGAGUCAGAACGGAGAGAGUCAGCCUCUGGUCCAGACGGCAGUAACCAACAUUGAUCGCCCUAAAGGACUGGCAUUCACUGAUGUGGAUGUCGAUUCCAUCAAAAUUGCUUGGGAAAGCCCACAGGGGCAAGUUUCCAGGUACAGGGUGACCUACUCGAGCCCUGAGGAUGGAAUCCAUGAGCUAUUCCCUGCACCUGAUGGUGAAGAAGACACUGCAGAGCUGAAAGGCCUCAGGCCUGGUUCUGAGUACACAGUCAGUGUGGUUGCCUUGCACGAUGAUAUGGAGAGCCAGCCCCUGAUUGGAACCCAGUACACAGCCAUUCCUGCACCAACCAACCUGAAGUUCAUUCAGGUUACACCAACGAGCCUGACUGCCCAGUGGACAGCACCCAACAUUCAGCUCACUGGCUAUCGGGUGCGGGUGACCCCCAAAGAGAAGACAGGACCAAUGAAAGAAAUCAACCUUUCUCCUGAUAGCUCAUCUGUGGUUGUAUCAGGACUCAUGGUGGCCACCAAAUACGAAGUGAGUGUCUACGCCCUUAAGGACACGUUGACAAGCAUGCCAGCUUAUGGAGUUGUCAAUACUCUGGAGAAUGUCAGCCCUCCCAGAAGGGCCCGCGUGACAGAUGCCACUGAGACCACCAUCACCAUUAGCUGGAGAACCAAGACUGAGACGAUCACCGGCUUCCAGGUGGAAGCCAUGCCGGCAAAUGGCCAGACUCCCGUUCAGAGAACCAUCAGUCCGGAUGUCAGAAGCUACACCAUCACAGGUUUGCAACCCGGCACUGACUACAAGAUCUACUUGUACACCCUGAACGACAAUGCCCAGAGCUCCCCGGUCAUCAUCGACGCCUCCACUGCCAUCGAUGCACCAUCCAACCUGCGCUUCCUGACCACCACACCCAACUCCUUGCUGGUGUCAUGGCAGCCGCCAAGGGCCAAGAUCACUGGUUACAUCAUCAAGUAUGAGAAGCCUGGGUCCCCUCCCAGAGAAGUGGUCCCUCGGCCCCGCCCUGGUGUCACUGAGGCUUCUAUUACUGGUCUGGAACCGGGAACUGAGUACACAAUCCAGGUCAUUGCCCUUAAGAACAACCAGAAGAGUGAGCCUCUGAUCGGGAGGAAAAAGACAGAUGAGCUUCCCCAACUGGUAACCCUUCCACACCCCAACCUUCAAGGACCAGAGAUCUUGGAUGUUCCCUCCACAGCUCAAAAGACCCCUUCCAUCACCAAUGAGUAUGGCACCGGUAUUCAGCUUCCUGGCACUUCGGGUCAGCAGCCCAGUGUUGGGCAACAAAUGAUCUUUGAGGAGCAUGGUUUUAGGCGGACCACACCUCCCACCACGGCCACCCCUGUAAGGCAUAGGCCAGGACCGUAUGCACCGAAUGUAAAUGAGGAGAUCCAAAUCGGUCAUGUCCCCAGGGGAGACGUAGACCAUCACUUCUACCCUCACGUUCCGGGACUCAAUCCAAAUGCUUCUACAGGACAAGAAGCUCUCUCUCAGACAACCAUCUCUUGGACCCCGUUCCAGGAAAGCUCUGAGUAUAUAAUUUCGUGUCAUCCCGUUGGCACUGACGAAGAGCCCUUACAGUUCCGAGUUCCUGGAACUUCUGCUAGUGCCACACUGACGGGUCUCACCAGAGGGACCACCUAUAACAUCAUCGUGGAAGCACUGAAGGACCACCAGCGGCACAAAGUUCAGGAGAAGGUUGUCACUGUGGGCAACUCAGGCCCCAACCCGCCGACGGAUGACUCGUGCUUCGACCCCUACACGGUUUCGCAUUACGCCAUUGGAGAGGAGUGGGAGCGACUGUCCGAAUCGGGCUUUAAACUCUCGUGCCAGUGCUUAGGCUUUGGCAGUGGUCAUUUCAGAUGCGAUUCAUCUAAAUGGUGCCACGACAAUGGUGUGAAUUUCAAGAUUGGAGAGAAGUGGGACCGUAAGGGAGAAAAUGGCCAGAUGAUGAGCUGCACGUGCCUUGGAAAUGGAAAAGGAGAAUUCAAAUGCGACCCCCAUGAAACCACGUGCUAUGAUGAUGGGAAGACGUACCACGUAGGAGAACAGUGGCAGAAGGAAUAUCUCGGUGCUAUUUGCUCCUGCACAUGCUUUGGAGGCCAGCGGGGCUGGCGCUGUGACAACUGCCGCAGACCGGGGGCUGAGCCCGGUCAUGAAGGCACUCCUGGUCACUCCUACAACAACCCGUACUCUGAGAGGUACCAUCAGAACUCAAACACUAAUGUCAACUGCCCAAUCGAGUGCUUCAUGCCCUUAGACAUACAGGCCGACAUAAACGAUUCUAGGGAGUAACACUUCCAACCCAGAGCACCGAGCGUGGCUCUCUGCCGAGGCCCAUCCAGACUGGAGUGACAGGUGCAGGCCCCGCCUUAGAGUGUUUGUUUCUUUCUUAAGCCCUUCGCUCUGGAGAGUAACUUCUCCAGCUUCAGCUCGACUCACAGCUUCUCCAAGCAUCAUCAUCACCCUGGGAGUGUUUUGAGACUUUUCUCACAGAAAGGGGCAGUCCAUUGCUUGUUCUGUUCCAAAGUAUUCAAUACCGCUCAGUAUUUUAAAUGAUUCUAACUUGUGAUUUGGGAUCAGUAGGGAAGCACAUGCAACAACCCAGAUGCAAAAUGUACUGAAAUGAUAUUACCAAACUUUAAGUAGGAAAGUUACCCAAACACUUCUGCUUCCAUUUAACUGUCUGGCCCGCAAUAUCAUAGGAACGGCAUGUCCUUGUUACUGUGGUAUUGAAAAUAUCCACAGUGCUCACUUUUUCCAAAAGAUUCUAGUAAUUGCCUAGAAAUAUGUUUCUCUUACCUGUUAUUUAUCAAUUUUUCCCAGUAUUUUUAUAUGGAAAAAAAAUUGCAUUGAAGACACUAUGCAGUUGAUAAGAAGAAUUUGGGUUCUGGUUGGUGACUAUUUUUUAUACUGUACAUGCCAAAGCUUUUACUACUGUGGAAAGACAACUGUUUAAUAAAAGAUUUACAUUCCGUAA